AUGCUUGUGAAUCACAACCCGUUUACAUACGCUCUCGUUGUAGCAGGCAAGUAUCUGGUUGGGUACGUUGGCUUGGGAUGCUUUCUUUAUUUUGUGGUUGCGCUUUUCGUCGGUAACAUACCUGCUAUAUCCCAUCCAUUUUCAAUAACAGUCGAGGUGUAUGGAGCUAUUGAGAUACUCUGGUACUUUAUAUGGUUCCUCCCAUUCAAGGCGUACCUCCAAAGACCGGGUCUCUCCAUGAUACCGACGACCCGGGCGCAGCGAAAGGCCUUGAUCGAGAGGCUGCUGAACCAUGUACCUGACGUACGACUGUUCAUCCGGAAGUGGUUCAACGAUGCGCACUUGGACGAGGUGUAUAGGGACGAUGUGAAAGAUUGGUUGCUGUGGGCGCUAUGGGGAGUGAUUAGUGAUACCGACAUUGACCCCGACGAGCUGGAAGAAUACGUCUGCGAGGCCGAGUCAAGAUCGGGUCUGACAUUACCAAGGGGUAGAGCUGACGCAAGGCCGAUGCGAUUGAGCUUGGAUCCGGUCAAAAUGAUUCACAGAUCUCUGCUCUGGUAUGCCUUACUUGGAAUUGUUGACAACACAGCGACUCUACUGCUCAUCUUCAAUGGAUUUGGCGUUUGGCGACAACCACGAAUAUCGUUUCUCAAGGUCUUUCCGUUUCGAAUUAUGACUUUGUUCUCAACGAAGGAAUCUGUGUCACCGCAUUUCAGCUAUGUAUAUCGUCCGCACAAGUCGAAUACCCACCGUCCCAUCAUCUUUUGCCAUGGCAUAGGCAUAGGCUUGUCCACUUAUUUCUACUGGCUUCGUACCAUUCCCAAGGAGAUAGGUGUCCUCGCGCUCGAGUUUCUCCCAGUCUCCGGACGCAUAUGCCCUGAGGCAGUAUCUCAGGAGGACUACGUGAAGGCCAUGCGACAGAUACUCUCCCAGCAGGAUAUCAAUGAUUUCGUGUUCGUGGGUCACUCUUACGGCACAUUUCUUGCCCGCCCGCUGCUCGAUGACACAGGAAUCUCACCGAUGAUAAACUCUCUUAUCUUAAUUGAUCCGGCGGCAAUUCUCAUGCACCUUCCAGACACAGCGUACAAUAUCACGCGGAAGCAACCCCUGACGGCCCCCGAGGUGCAGAUUGCCUGGGGAGCCGCCUUGGAUCCAAGAACCGCCCACACUGUGUGUCGGCGUAUCCAUUGGCCGGAACACAUACUAUGGCGCGAAAAUCUCGCUGGAAAACGGACCACUGCCAUCGUUGCUGGUCGUGACUGUGUGAUCAACGCUGGUGCCGUUGCAGGCUACAUUCACUAUGGCGAUACCAAACCUAUGACAUCAGCGGACCUAAUCGAGCUCAGAAAGACACCAAGACUUUGGACAGGAACAGCUGAGUUCGAACUCAUCUACUUGUUUGAUCGAGAUCACGGACAGAGUCUCUUGAUUCCUUCUGACGUUAAGAAAAUCACCAACACAGUUGAGACCUAUGCCAGAUUAGACUACAGGUCAAACAAGGACCGAGAAGAGAAUGAGGCAUUCGGUGUGCACAUAAGAGAAGAGGCCCAUGCGAACUCGAAAGUAAACGAGAUACUGGAUUCCAAUGUUGUAUGA